AUGGAAAAUACGGAGGAAGCUUGUGGCGUCAUGAGCAGCAAUUCUGAUCUGAUGGCUCCCGCCAUAGUCUCACAGAAAUACGAUCCAAAUGUAGAUUACGUAAUCAACGAAUACAUGGAGAGGCUAGGCACUCGGUUAAAUAUCCUAGAGACGGAACUGAAGUAUGCGUGGAGAGCCUUAGAUCUCUUGUCUCAAGAGUAUGUUAAAAUGUGGGAGAGGUUGGAGAAAUUAGAAGGUUUGCUCUAUGAGCAACAAAGCGUUAUAUCACAGCUGCUAGAUUUUUAUACUUCAGGUGGGGCGUCAGCUAGUCAAGUAGCUACAGCAUCCUUGGAAGGAAAAUUGGGCGAGUUGGAAGUGAUACGAGAAAUUUUAGGCAAUGGUGCUGUCGAAGAAGGGUUAGAGGAGGGGUUGGAUGUGACGUUGUCCCACGAUCAGCAGCAAAGCAUUCAGGAGCUUGAGAUGGAUACAGGAAUUGAUGAAUUGCACGUACCUGACGAGGCUUUUUACAAAAGCCUUAAUCAAGCCUAUAGAGAAGACUUAGUGGGUGAUGAUUCCAGUUAUAGGAUAAGUCAAUUAGGUAUGAUAUGGGAAGAGAGAGAAGAAGGCAGUGAGAAUGGGGAGAGAAAAGCUAUAGAUCCUUCAAGUAGACUGGAAGAUAGGGAAGAAAUCUAUUCUGCCUUAGACUAUAAAGAUUACAGAGGAAACUCCCCUUGUGUUAGUGAACAAGACUUAGCUCAAUUAACAAAAAUAGAUUCAAUUGAUCAUUUAGCUAUUGAAAAAUUAGAUGAACUGGAUAGACUGAGUAACAAGUUACAUCAAGAUUCAGUAAAUAUAAAACAUCUGAGAAGAAAACUAAUGGAAUCUCCAAUUUCCAUUAAUGAAAUCGAAGAAGAACAAAUAGACGUCAAAGAAGCCGCGGAUUUGUCAAAUAUAGAUGAAACUUUACAACAAAUGUAUCCGGAGGAACAAUGGAGCUUUUCUAGUGGUAUUAAAGACAAAAAUGAAUUCUUAUUACUAGCAAAAUCCGAUCUACCCGGUCUUAUAUCAAACGUUUCAUACUCCUCCAAAUCCAGUUCCAGAUUUUCUUUAUCAGAUGCAGAUAAAGAAGUUGCUGAAACGUUAGGGGUAGAAUCCAGGAGUCCAACAUCACCACGUCGACGACAAACAGAAAUAAAUACUUCAAGUGAACCUUUUACUACUGUGACUGGUAGACUGGCCUAUAGUGCUGCUGUGCAGCAUGCAGAAGAAGCCGAAGCUGCGGCAGCAGCUGCUAUGGUUAUACAAAAUUCUAAAAAUCCUUUUUAUUGUAUGAGUCCUGGCCUUAAUUCAUUACUACCCGCUACAUAUGAAACGGUAUCUUCCUCGACGCCUAAUGUAUAUAGUGUUAGAUCUGAAAAAACUGCAUCACCUACACUAUCUAUAUGCAGUAUAAGAACAAGGCAGGAUGGAUAUGUAGACCCACCUGGACAGCAGAGUAUUAGUAAAAGUCAUAGUCCUCCACCUCCGCCUGCACCUGACGCAACAGAAAACUUUUUAACUGCGAAGUCUGAUUCCGGUCUAUCAUCAAUGAGUGGCUGGUCCAGUCUUGAAAAAUCGCCAGGAUCUCCAAAAAACUCUAGAGCAAAUUCCUAUGCUGAAGGACGGCACAGCAGUAGACUCGUUUCACCUGUACACAAUCAAUACGGAUCAGUACCAGGCAGUUCUAAACCAUUUACGGAAUCUUCGUUAGAUUCUAAAUUAUCAAACUCUUCAAAUUUUUUACCAGGAGGCCAUCAUCUCUCUGCCUUUACUACAGUUAAAUCGCCUUCAGGCCUUGAAACAGUAGAAGGAUACGGAAAUUUUGUACCAGCCCCUGCUCCUGCGUCCGAUAUUAACGUUAGUCCAAACAAGAAGAAAGAUAAAUCGCCAGCUUCAACUAACGAAGAAAGAGCUUCUGGUAUUUCUAUGUAUAGGUACGAUCAACCAGCAAUAUAUUCAGUGGCUGGCAGCAACAGAGAUUCUUAUACCUCUGUUUACACCGGAAACACCGAUUACAAUUGCCAAAUAAAUUAUCCCGACUUAAUUGAGCCUUACGAAAACAACGAAUUUUUCAGUUCACAAAAAAACUAUUAUCCCUCUCCAUCGUACAUGCCUUAUUCAGGUCCUAGUGGGAAUGUGUCUAGAUAUAAGUCGUCCACCGGUAGAGAGACUGAGGAUUUUUCCAACCAUGAAGGGUAUAAAACUGCUAUGUACAGAACUAUGUUUCCGUCUGGAAAUAUAACUGACGCGUUGUCAUAUUAUCCGACAUCGUCAAGAACUGACACUAAUUAUGGAGAGCAGGAAAUUUGGAUCAGCUAUGAUCCUGAUGAUAGACACGAAAUGUCCGAAGCUGCUUAUCCCCCAAACGUAGAUAGAACUCGGCAAUAUGAAUCUCAGCCCCCUGCGUACGAAAAUCAAUCAUCAGAGCAACAAAAACAGUGGAAUCAGCGCAGGAAAUACCUUACCUAG